GCUGCUAUUGGAAACAAAGAUUUCUGCAAUAACUUCCUGCAAGAAAAGGUGACCAAUUGGAAGUUACAAGUAGAGCGACUCAGUUGCAUUGCCCAAACUCAACCACAAGCUGCUCACUCGAUAUUCACACGGGGUCUGAUUGGACGCUGGAAAUUUGCACUCAGAACCAAUGAAAACUUUGCAGAGUACCUUAAUCCUCUGGAGGAGGCGUUACGAUCCAAACUGAUUCCCGCCAUAACCAAUAGAAGUACUCCAGGAGACAAGAUGAGAAGGCUUUUUGCAUUACCACCUCGACUAGGCGGCCUUGGAAUUGUAGAUCCACGUUCGUUGACUUGUGAGCUGGAAUACUCAAAGUUAAUUUGUGCGCCACUGGUCAACCGAAUUGUGCAACAAGAAACAAACCUGGAUAACGUUCCUACCAAGCAGAAUUCUAUGAAAGCUAGCAUUCGCCAGCAAAAACAUCUAGCACAAAAGUCUCAUUCUGAAAUCACUGUCAAUGAUCUAUCUGUGGAAUUGAAACGUUCAGUUGAAUUGGCCUGUGAGAAGGGUGCCUCCUGCUGGCUGACCGCAAUCCCACUAGAGCAACACGGAUUCACUUUGCACAAAUCUGCGUUUCGGGAUGCCCUGUGCCUCAGAUACGGUUGGCACCCGUCCAACCUCCCAGACAUAUGUCCAUGUGGAUCUAAAUUCUCAGUAGAUCACUCUCUGUCAUGUCCAACAGGAGGAUACCCCAGCAUCCGCCAUAACGAGGUCCGCGAUUUAUUUACCAACUUGUUGACAGAGGUUUGCCACGAUGUACACAAAGAGCCCGUUCUGCAACCUCUCAACGGCGAGAUGUUUCAAAAACGCUGUACUACCUCUGACGAAAAUGCCAGACUUGAUAUUGCUGUCAGUGGAUUUUGGGGUGGGCACUUCCAACGAACUUUCUUUGACGUCAGGGUCUUCAACCCUAAUGCCUCAUCCUACAAAUCAGUGCAGAUCCCGUCAUUAUAUAAACGGCAGGAACAAGAGAAGAAAAGGCGAUACGAGGAACGAAUUAAUAACGUGGAGCUUUCAUCGUUCACGCCAAUCAUUUUAGCAUGCACUGGAGGAUGCAGUAAACUGACGUCUAUUUUUUUGAAAAGACUAGCCUCACUUUUAUCGGAAAAGCACCACACCGAGUACAGCACAACUAUCAACUGGCUGAGAUGUCGACUGUCAUUUGCACUCCUUCGUGCCUGCGUGAUGUGUUUGCGAGGAUGCAGGUCCAAGCUUCACAGAACCUCAAGGGACUUCAACAUUCUGCUGGAAGCAGCAGAAAGUAGAUUAUAGAAGACUGUUUAUCUCAAAGUUGUUACAACCUAGAAACUUGUUGCUAUAGAGGAAGCUUUUACAUACAGUAGUAGUAUUUUGAAAAAAGUA